CGUUCGCCAUUUGGUAGAGUCGCAUUACAGUAGUAAACGUUAUAACAGUAUUCCGUCGCGCCAAUGACCGAACGCCUGCGGAGGGCGACGCGAAGCGUCGGUAGAACGCACAUUUAGUCACGAACGGACACACAGUUCGCGUUCAGCCACCGUAACGCGACGUAACGUUGAUGGUAAGGUGAUACUCUUUCGUAGCUCUCAAUAAAAGAGAAACGAAAGAGAAUUAAAUAAGAAACUUGUUGAGAAAAACAAAAUAUUCUUUGAAGAGAAUUCGUUUGAAACAGUUUCGAAUCGAUCGUAUUUCAUUUGAUCCGGUGAAUUUAAUCUUGAAGAGAAAAAAAAAGUUGACCGAAAAAGAUUUAGCGAAUAAAUAAAAACGGAAAAAGAAAGAGUAAAGAAAAAAAGGAAAAGAAAAAAAAAACGAAAAAAGAGAAAGACAAACGUGUUUACGGUGAAAAGACAUUUAUCUCUGUCUAUUUCUCUCUCUCUCUCUCUAUCUAUCUCUCUCUCUCUCUCUCUCUCUCUCUCUCUCUCUCUCUCUUACUCUCUCGCGUUACUAGUGUAAAUGUAUUCGUGAUAAAGAUGUCCCGACAAUCGCGAAAUUUCUUAACUGCCUUCGUCUUCAUCGUGUUAGCCGUUUUCACAAUCACGAGUGAUGCCAGGUCAUGGGAUAUCGCCGUUGUGAUCGGCGACAAGAUAGAAUUUUUCACACAAAAUCAAACUCUUACGGUAACAGUCGAUGGAGCCGUUUCAUUAACUGGAAUAGCUUACGAUGAUCAAACAAGAAAAUUGUAUCUUAGUGACUCUCAUAGCAACAUAUCGAUUUUUAGUAACGACUUAGCGGAAAAGAAUUUUAGUUCGAAACCACUGUUAAAGGCAAAGCAGGAUGAGACGAACAUCGUGGCGACAGCCUUUGAUACAAACUCUCGUACGCUUUUCUGGAUCGACGCCUUGAAGAGAAUGAUCAUGAAGAUGCACAUACCGAUGGACGGUCCUCCGGAAGAACCCGUUAUUCUGCAUAAUCUCACAGAAAUACCACGUGGUAUCGCACUAGACACGUGUAACAGUCAUAUCUACUGGAGCAACAGCAACCGCAAGAAUUCCACCAUUGAAAGAUCCAACAUGGAUGGUACCAAUCGAACGAUCAUAAUCAGGGGAGAUCUUUACGUACCAACAGGUCUAGCAAUCGAUUAUGAAGAAGGUAAACUCUAUUGGACUGACGAUGAAGAAGGUAUACAUGUAAAGAUUGAACGUAGCAAUCUCGAUGGUACUGAACGUGAAAAGAUCUUGAAGAAUAGAAAUCAACAACCUGUUUAUAUCGCCGUCGAUAAGGAUUUUAUCUACUGGUCAGAUUGGGUACAUAAAGCUAUUUGGAUGAUGGCUAAAAAUUCCACCGAUCACGAAUCACCGGUCAAAUUUAAAUCCUAUCGCAAAUUGAACAAAGAUUCUGAUCCUAACGCCAUUAUUACACGAGACAACGUUGGUACCAUCGAUUGUUCUGCUAUAUCCAAAAGAAGAUUAGAAAAAGAGAAACUUGCUGAAAAGAAACAAAAAAGUUCUCUUCUCGAAUCUUACAAUAACUUAACGACUAAUACCAAAGAUGUUAAAACGGAAAACUCUCAAUUGUGUCUCAAUGGUGGUUCCUUCGAUCGUAUCGAAAGUUCUUGUCGUUGUAAAUUUGGAUAUACGGGUUCCAUAUGCGAAAUAUCCCUCUGCCAGAAUUAUUGUCUUCAGGGUGAUUGUAUCGUUAACAAUUUCGGUAAAGCAGAGUGUAAAUGUAUCGGCACGUUUACCGGUAAACGAUGUGAAAGAGACAUUUGCGAGGGUUAUUGUCUUCACGAUGGCGAAUGUUUGGUCCAAAACAACAUACCUGUCUGCGAAUGUAAAAAUUCAAAGGGCGAACGUUGCGAAAUUCUUCCUGACAUACCUGUGCUCAACGUUGACAAAUCUUCCUGCGGUUUAAUAUGUGCCGAAAACAACUAUACCUCUGAAAAGAUGCUAACCCUAAAUGAAAAUUGCGAAUCGAAGACAUUAUUAUUCGUACUUAUCGCUCUCAUCAUUGUACUUAUUAUACUGAUCCUCGUGAUGAGUUUCUACCUGCAUAAAUUACGUCGUCGACCACGAAUCAAGAAGAGAUUCGUAGUUAGUAAAGGUGGUAUUACGCCAUUAACAUCCAGACCACAGCUAACGGAUAAUCAAUGCGAAAUAACUAUAGAAAAUUGCUGCAACAUGAAUAUCUGCGAAACACCAUGUUUCGAACCAAAAUUACGAACUCCGGUGACAAAGAAUAAUAAAACGAAAAAGGACGAGAAGAAUUCUCUAUUGGAUAAUAUGGAGGGAAAUUCGUGCUAACGCAAACUAAAUUUCUCGUCGUAUAAAAUGGCGAAUACUCGACGGAUUCCACGUAAGCUCGUCACGAAAUUUUUGCUCGCGGUGAUAGAUGUCUGUAUAUUUUUCGAAAGACUCUAUCUAGUAUUGUUGUUAAGUUUGGUGAAUGCAUAUGUGCCUGCAUAGGGCAAGAUGAAAGGAUGAAUUAACUGAACGAAAAAAAAUAUAUAAAUCAAGUAAAAAAGAAAGAUAGAAAGGGACGAAAGCCAAAGGUCUUUAAAAGAGUCCUAUUCCUUAUUGGGUCGUAUAUGUAGGGCUGUGCUUUUACAAUGGUUAUUUCGUUCGAUUAAUGAAAUCAUAGCGUGAUUUACUUAAUUUUUUUUUCCUUGUAAUUCAAUAAGUUACGUACUUAGGGGACAAUUUUUUCUUUUUCUCUUUUUUUCCUUUUUUAUAUAGUAACGGUGAUAUAUAUAUAUAUAUAUAUCACCGUUAUGUGUAUAUAUAUAUAUAUAUAUAUAUUUAAAGAGAGAGAGAAAACAAAAAGUAAAGUAAAACUAUACAUUUAACGGACGAUCUUUAUCAUACAAAAGAGGUCUGUCUUGAAGUAAUUUAUUACCUCAUUAAACAGCAAUUAUCAUCUUUCUUCUUCAUUCGAUUAAACAAUGAAAAAAUUAUUUUUCAGAAAAAUAUAAAUAUGAUUAUAAAUAAACUUUCAAAAAUUUUUUUUUUAAUCUUAGUAAUAUAAAUUUAGAAUUGUUAGCAAACGAACGGAAGCUGCCACAUUUUGUGCAUUAUAGUAAUAUAUAUAUAUAUAUAUAUAUAUAUAUAUAUAUAUAUAUAUAUAUAUAUAUAUAUAUGUAUAUUCAUAUAUAUACGUACAUAUAUAUUAUAAUAUAUAUGUAUAUAUAUUUAAAGUUUACAACAAGAGCUACGCUUAACGUAAUACUUGUGCAAUAUAUGCAAAAGCUGCCUUAUAAACCAAAAUAACUUGAUUGAUUGUUUGAAAAGUAUCAUAGAGUACAUUCCUAAGAAAGAAUGUCAUUAGCUUGAUUAAUAAUAAGUACCGAACAGGUCAUAUUUUUUUCUUCCUUUUAUAUCGAAGAUUUCUGAUAUAAAAUACAAAAAAUAUAAACACACAGACACAAACGAAAAUAUUUUCUACUUCAAACAAAAAGUCGAACCAACUCUCAUAACUUGAAGUUAUCGCUAAAAAUAAUUAAUUUCAUGAUCAACAAUUAAUUACUUACAAUAAACAUCAAUGUAUAUAUAA